AUGGUGUCCAGCCAACAGUGGGGCCGCCUGAAGAAGGCCUUCUUCUUCCUGUGCGGCACCUCUAGCCUCCUGGGACUGGUCUUGCUGGGCGUCCGGUCGGAUGUUGCCCCUCUGGCUUACUUCUUCCUCAUGCUGGGUGGUUUCUUCGCAUUUGCCUGCCUCAUUGCCUGCUUGCUGGAGCGGGAGCUGUGGUCAGUGUAUGCUGAGAGCCCAGGGCCCAUGGGCACUGCGCGGGACAAUGAAGCCUUUGAGGUACCAACCUAUGAGGUGGCUGUGGUGCUGGGGCCUCAGAGUUGUCCUCAGGAGCAGGAGGACCCGCCCCCUUACAGCAGUGUGAUUCCACUGGGACCGGAGCAGGGCCAGCCAAGAGAUCCCGAGGCGCUCAGGAGAGUGGACCUGGAGCAGCAAGGGGACUCUGAGGGGCCCCUUACGGGAGGACACCCCAGGAGAGCCCCAGUCAGCCUCCGACUUCGGGGAUCGAGGGCCAUGUCAACUGAGCUGGACCUGCAGUGUUUGGGGGUGGCCCCCAAGCUAGAGCCCCUUACUCCUCCGCCUGCCUACCAGGCCAGCCUCAGUCACCAGGACGAUGACAGCGUUUUCUAUUAGGACAACUGGACACUCCCCUAA